CCUUUAACCUAAAACAAAUCUAAGUUCUCAUUGAGACACAUCACACAGGGAGGUGGGAGUGAGACCUUCACUCUGCUCUUAAUUAAUUUAACUCAUUUAAACCUUGGUGACAGGAUCUGCUCUGUAACAGGCCUGUACCAUCAGCAGGACAGAGACCAAUGUCUCCUCAGGGGUGUGGGCGGCGUGCUGAGUGAGGUGGACUGGAGUCCAAAUGGGUCCUGAUGUUGAUCACGUUGAUCUGACUCAGCGUGACUUCGGCUUCCUGAAGAUCCCAUCAUCUCUGAUGUCCCUCCAGAACAAACCUCCAUAGACCCACUGAGAAACCAGAGGAGAGGAGGCUGCAGAACCUGCCUCGGAAUCCUCCUGUCUCUAGGUUUCCUUCGGUGUCACAGCGCUCCAAUGACAGCUGCCACUGCUGCUGGUGGUGGGGGCACUGUGACCACAUGUGGACUAAUACAGACUAAAAACCGGGCUCAGAGAGAACAGCAGCAACACCCUCUAGCUGACAUUACAACAGCCCAUUCAUCUUUUACAGGGCCUUUCUCUCCUGAUGGUUAUGAUGUCUGUUCCCAAACAGGCCUAUGUGUUGGUGUUAGCAAGUUUCCAUCAGAUUAGCAGAAACAUUUCUGACUUCCUCCAUUUUCAGACAAAAGUCAGAUUUGACACUAAGCUGAACCCAAGAAUGGGGUUUAAAUGACAGAAGGAGCCACUUCUCAGACAAACAGGAGGCGAUUGCCACUGUGAUUAUUAUUGCAGGGGUCCGACAGAUACAAGUGCAAACAUGUGUUACCUAUCUAGCAGGAAGUAAACUAAACAGAAAAGAGACAUGAUGUUCAGCCUGUACAACCACAGGCACGUCACUACUACAGAGAGCGACAGUAGUGUCUGUGGUCUGAGGCCAGGGUACGCCCUGAACCCACAAACCUGCCAGACACAGCGCAGGCACGUAGCAGCUCUGCACCUGUUGUUACCAUGGAAACUGAUGCCUCUGGGCUCACCUGGUCCAGGUCAGGUCAGGUUUCAGACACCACUUCAGGUGCUACUGUGCCCGUUUGUAACUCAGGCUUUUUAUGAACAUUUAAUCCACCGAGCACCACUGGACACAUUAUAAUUAAUUUAUCUAUCGAUUAAUUAAUUCACAUUUAUGAUGAGCUUCUAACUAAUUCAAUUGCAAGUUCAAAGUGUUUUAAGGUACAAGUUAAUGUUUACCUUAAAACACAUUAAGUUUGUGUUUUAACCAUUAGAACACCUUAAAUCUUGCAGAAAACCCUUAGUUUAUACUAAUUCAUUAAUUUAUCUUAGUUAACCCCAAACUGGGGUGAACCACUGAGUCUGAACCUUUUAAGGUACAAAGUAAGGGAUGCCUGAAAUGUGAUUUAGUAAAAUAUAUGGUUUUUAAAAAUCUCUUAAAAACCUUUAAACUCUGCAGCAAACUCAUCAAAAUCCCCCAUAUAUAUUGCAGUCUACGAUUGUUUCCAUUAAUUUGUCCAAACCGGGUAAACCUGUGAACAGAAGGCCAAAAUGCCUUAACCCUCAUACCAUCUAAAAUCCAGCAUUCAUGCAUUUGUCAGACAUUUCACAUUAAUGUGAAAAUUAAGGGUAAAGUCCUGAAGCCUCAAAGCCUUUUCAAAUUAAAGGUUUUUAAGGGAGAAGUGAAGGAUGUGCUUCAGACACUGUGUGUCUUCAGAUCUUGUGCAGGGUUGUGUUUUGUGAUCUGCUCCUCCCUUUGAGUUGGCAACUUCUGCUUUGAGUCGUCCUUGAACGUCACUCUGUGGUUUAACGGACACAAAAACAGCUUGAGCCUGAGAGGCGCUGCAGAGACGAGGAGACGACUGACUGUCAAUGAAUAACCUCAUCGGCUUAAACAAGAAUCUGAUCACAUGACCUCCAUGGAUUACACCACUAAGGCGUUCAUUACUGAGGACCCAUCAUCCCUCAGCCCCUUGCCCACCACCGACGAGGACUACAACUACCCAGACCUGAUGUGCGACCGGGCGUCAGCUCGGGCCUUCAGGGGACGGUAUGAGCCACCCCUCUUCUGGAUCAUCACCCUGGUAGGUGGAGCUGGGAACCUGGCUGUGGUCUGGAUCUACCUGAACUUCCGGCGGCGGCUGAGGAGCAUGACGGACAUGUACCUACUGAACCUCGCAGUGGCCGACCUGCUGUUCCUGAUCACACUGCCGCUGUGGGCAACUGAGGCGUUGCAUGGAUGGAACUUUGGCUCCCCCCUCUGCAAGCUGAACUCAGCCCUCUACAAGGUGAACCUGUUCAGCAGCAUGCUACUGCUCACCUGCAUCAGUGUCGACCGCUACAUUGUCAUCGUGCAGACCACCAAGGCACAAAAUACACAGAUGGCGCGCCUCCGCUGCAGCCGGCUGGUGUGUGUGGGGGUGUGGCUACUGGCCUUGCUGCUUGCCACACCUGAGCUCAUGUUUGCCACCAUCUCUGAGGUGGAAUCGCAGCAGUACUGCAGGAUGGUGUUCCCAUCUCACCUGGGCAACCGCACAAAGAUCCUGGUGCUGUCGCUGCAGGUGAGCAUGGGCUUCUGCCUGCCCUUCAUCAUUAUGGCCUUCUGCUACAGCAUCAUCGUUGUCACGCUGCUCAAGACCCGAAGUUUCCGGAAGCACAGGGCCAUGCGCGUCAUCCUGGCAGUGGUGGCGGCGUUCGUCAUGUCGCAGCUGCCCUACACUGUCGUGCUGGUGAUGCAGGCAACACAGGCCUCCAACCAGAUGAUGGACUGUGAGGAGAUGAAGCGCUUUGACCUGGUGGAGCAGGUGCUGAAGAGUCUGGCCUAUGUGCAUGCCAGCCUCAACCCCUUCCUCUACGCCUUUGUGGGCGUGCGCUUUCGCCACGAUUUGCAGCAGCUGCUGUGCUCCUGCCAGUGCCAGCCACCAGCCAACAAGAGUCAGCCGGGUAAGUCCAGCAGGACUCCACUGAGUUCCACUCGAGCCUCGGUGAUGUCAGACAGCGACAACAUGCAGGCCUUGUCACUGUAAAGACCAUGGCAACGUCCCUGGAUUAUGCCGCAGCUACUGUCGACACACGAGUGACGUAAUGCUGCGCUUUCAUCGCUCGAUCCCGGACCCGAAACACCCUGAGAGGAAGUGUUGGACAUUUGAGUUUUAUAUCAGUUUAGCUUCAAGCUGCUUUAAAGUUGGGAAACAUCCGUUGUUUCUGCUGCUGCAUUUUAGACACUUUUUAGCAAAUACAAGAAUUUUAUCUCUUUUUCCAUAUAUUUCCAGGAUCCUUCCCAAGAUUUUCUCAGGACUUUUUCCAGGACUUGCCUGUAUAUUGAAUGUGAAGCUCUUUUAGCCACAAACUCUUUUAGCUGCUGUUAUUUGCGACUGGUGGGUCUUGUGACGUCACUGUGUUGCCUCAGCGCAGAGGAAGUGACGAGGAGUCGGUGCUGCAUAUUUCUGUCAGACCAUGUGAUCUGUAUGUCUAAUGUGGACAAAUAAACAAAACUCAUCUGUUACUGUCAGACUGUGGGACAUCCACUGGGAAACAGAGCUGCUAGCAGACGCUAACAGAUGCUAAUAUUAACAUGCACACUUAUGUUUUCUGAUUGUGUUCAUAGUUUUUCUGGAUGUUUUUUGGUUGUCCAUAUGAACAUGUAUCAUCAUAUAUGAGUGUAAAUGUUGUUUCUCUAUGUUACAUGAUAACCAUUAAAGUGUGCAUAAAACAGUCUGUGUGUGAAAAACAGGACGAAGUCAAUCAAAGAGACAGUCACACUCAUUUCUUCACAUCCUUCCUGUUCUCAUGCUGUUUAUGUUUUUACUUGCACUUUGUUCUGUAAAAUAGCUGGAAGCAGAACACCACAGAGAAACCCUUCAGACCAUGUUCAUUGAUUCAUGGACUCAAUAUUUACAUCAAAUCUUAUUUGUAUUUCACACGUAAAAAGGUUUGGCGAAGUGGAAAGUGGCUGGUUGAGUUUUUUCCAGAUUAGUUAAAUAAAUCACAAUGUCAUCGGCUAAGAAAUGUAUAAUUUAUUGAGAAGUUUAAAAGUAUGAGCCCUUUUUCAUUUUAGUCUUUAUGUUAAAGAGAUUUGGUAAACAACCAUGAAAAGUAAGUACAUUUGCAAAAAUGCUAUACUCAAGGACAAAUCUGAGUCACUUGUACUUGAGUAUUUUCUUUUCAUGCCACUUUGUAUUUUUACUCAACAGUUCUGAGAGAAAUAUAUUUUUACUUCACUUUCUUUACGUGACUGUUUCAGUUAGAUUACAAAUGAAGAAAAAUAAAAAAUGAGUCUAUAAAACAUGUUUUGUUAUUAAACUGAGCCAGCUGACAAAAUUAAUUUGCAGCUAA